AUGGCUGAUUCCCUGAACAUGAACGGUCUCUCUCUGAAUGAAUCCAAGCACGCACCUGGCAACACGAUGCCUGCUCGUGCGUAUAUCCCUCCUCACCUUCGCGGUCAGAGUGCUCGUGGUCCUCCAGUGAUGGGUAUGGACGGAGCUGGUGCCGCACCUGCACCCGCACCUGCACCGAACGCGGGAAACCAGGGAUUGAACGGAAGUGCCUGGGCUACAAACACUCAAAGCAACGGCAGCUGGGCAGCGGCUCCUGAUUUCAAGCCUACUCCUGGCGCUCCAGCUCCAGCUCCAGCUCCAGCAGGUCCAGCUUCCGCUCCCGCCCCUGGCCCCGCUCCCCAAGCCAACGGCUGGGGUGCCAGUCAUGCUGCUCGUCCCUUCAACCCGAACGCCUAUGGUGCUCCUGGUGGUGGCCAUAGCGGUGGGCAUGGUGGUGGACAUGGCAGCGGCUACGGUGGAAACUACGGUGGCAAUACUGCCCGUGGAUCGGGAGAUGGCCAAUGGAGAGAUGGUCAACAUAUUGCCGGCCCUCCAAACCCAAAGAUCGAACGUGAACUGUUUGGCACCCCAAAUGACCCGACAAAGGCUCACACUGGAAUUAACUUUGCCAACUACGACGACAUCCCUGUAGAGGCUAGUGGCCACGAUGUCCCGGAACCAGUCAAUGCAUUCACAAACCCACCUCUCGAUGACCACCUUCUUACCAACAUCAAGCUCGCACGCUACACUACCCCAACGCCUGUGCAGAAGUACUCAAUCCCCAUCGUCAUGGGUGGACGAGACCUCAUGGCUUGUGCCCAGACUGGUUCUGGUAAGACUGGUGGUUUCUUGUUCCCCAUCCUCUCACAGGCUUUUCAGAAUGGACCCUCUGCCACACCCGCGAGUGGAGGUGGUUUCCGCCAGCGCAAGGCUUUCCCGACAUCUUUGAUUCUUGCUCCCACGCGUGAAUUGGUGUCUCAGAUCUAUGACGAAGCACGAAAAUUCUCCUACCGUUCCUGGGUCAGACCAUGCGUGGUUUACGGUGGCGCCGACAUUGGUACCCAACUCCGUUCCAUUGAACGAGGUUGUGACUUGCUUGUUGCUACUCCAGGCCGUCUCGUCGACCUCAUAGAGCGAGGCCGUAUCUCCCUGGCGAACAUCAAGUACUUGGUUCUCGACGAGGCCGAUCGUAUGCUUGACAUGGGUUUCGAGCCUCAGAUUCGUCGUAUUGUCGAGGGCGAGGACAUGCCUUCAGUCCAGAACCGCCAAACCCUCAUGUUUUCCGCCACUUUCCCGCGCGACAUUCAAAUGCUGGCGAGAGAUUUCCUCAAAGACUACGUCUUCUUAUCGGUCGGUCGAGUGGGCUCCACCUCCGAGAACAUCACUCAGAAGGUUGAAUAUGUUGAGGACCACGACAAGCGCUCCGUUCUGCUUGACAUCCUCCACACACACCGCAAUGGUCUGACCCUGAUCUUUGUGGAAACCAAACGCAUGGCCGACACCUUGUCCGAUUUUUUGAUCAACCAAGGCUUCCCUGCUACUGCAAUCCACGGUGAUCGCACGCAACGCGAGCGUGAGAGAGCAUUGGAGUUCUUCCGAAAUGGCAGAUGUCCAAUCAUGGUUGCUACAGCCGUUGCUGCCCGUGGACUUGAUAUCCCACAUGUUAUGCACGUCAUCAACUACGACCUGCCGACUGAUAUUGAUGACUACGUCCACCGAAUUGGACGUACCGGUCGUGCUGGCAACACCGGUCUAUCAACUGCUUUCUUCAACCGCGGCAACCGUGGCAUUGUUCGUGAUCUCAUGGAGCUUCUCAAAGAAGCAAACCAAGAGGUCCCCAGCUUCUUGGAGAACAUUGCUCGUGAAAGUUCUGGUUUCGGCGGUGGCCGUGGGGGACGUGGUCGUGGAGGUGCUGGCCGUGGUGCUUCUGCUACUCGUGAUAUGCGUCGUGUUGGAGGCGGCAUGGGCGGUGGCCCUCCCUCCUACAGCGGCGGCUAUGGCGGUAGCAACUACGGCGGUAGUGGUGGUUAUUCUGGUGGGGCUCCAUAUGGUGGUGGGGCUUAUGGCGGCAGUGGUGGCGGUGGUGGCAGCGGAUACAGUGGUGGCAGUGGAGGAGGUUAUGGUAACCCAGGAGGUGCCACCGGCCCUUCGUCGUGGUGGUAA